AACGUCGGGGUUGCUCCGGUGACGGCUGCGCGCUGGAUACACAGCCGGAGUAUCAAUCAAGUCGACAGGGUCCCGCGCAGGCGCCGCUUGGGUUCCUCUCUCUCUCUCUGACUCUGGUUCUUGUCGCAUACAGAGGGAGCCCCAGUGCAUCAAGAGGCAGACGGAGCUUAUUCGCCAGCACAGUCAUAUCAGCAACACACACAUACACACAUUUAUAGACAGACAUGGAGCUCCUCUGCAUGGAAAAUGCCCCUAGAAUCCAGCGAGCCUUCCCGGACCCUACCCUCCUCGCUGACCAUCGAGUCCUGCAAAACCUGCUGCAUACUGAGGACAGAUACAUCCCCAGGACUUCUUAUUUCAAAUGUGUCCAGAAAGAAAUCGAACCCUACAUGAGAAAAAUGGUUGCAUUUUGGAUGCUAGAGGUGUGCGAAGAGCAAAAAUGCGAAGAGGAAGUCUUUCUGUUGGCUAUGAAUUAUCUGGAUAGAUUUUUAUCUUCGGUUCCCACUCGAAAAUGUCACCUCCAGCUGCUAGGGGCAGUCUGCAUGUUCUUAGCAUCAAAACUGAAAGAGACGAUCCCCCUGACAGCUGAGAAACUCUGCAUUUACACUGACAAUUCAAUCACUCCAGAAGACCUCCUGAAUUGGGAGAUAAUUGUCCUUGGGAAACUGAAGUGGGAUCUCUCAGCCAUUACUCCAAACGAUUUUAUUGAACAUAUCCUGGGGAAGCUGGCUUUUCCAGUGGACAAGUUGGAGCUUGUUAAGAAACACACUCAAACAUUCAUUGCCAUGUGUGCAACAGAUUUUAAUUUUGCCAUGUAUCCACCUUCAAUGAUAGCAACAGGAAGCAUUUCAGCAGCAAUCCGUGGGCUUGGCAUCCCAUCCCGUACUCUUUCAGAUGAGUCUUUGACAGAACUGCUGGCCAAGGUCACCUGCACAGAACUGGACUGCCUGAAGGCUUGCCAAGAACAGAUUGAAGCUGCCCUGGCAGAGAGCUUAAAACAGUCCCAACAACAGCAAGAGCAAAACAUGUCCUCUAAAACUGUACACGAACCAGACCAAAUCAGCACUCCUACAGACGUAAGGGAUGUCAACCUGUGAUCAUCCACGUGCAGUUUUGGAGACAGAAACUGCAACUCCUUGGAUGCAGAUCUAAUGCUCUUUUAGUACUACUUAGUGCUAUUUGAUAGAAGAAAAGACAUUCGUUUAUUGUAUAUACAAAAAAAUAGCGCUAACUCUGUACAAACAUGUAGGGUGAAAAUGCUGAAAAGCACACUUGGGAUCACGUGAAAUAUAAUGGUGAUUAUCAUCUUGUGAAAUUCCUCCACCCUACAGCUGAAGCCUUGAUUGUGAUUUGUUGACCAGCCAACAUGAAUAUAGCUCCAAAUUGAAUGGUUGUCAAAUUAUAAUAAAUAUUGAAGGGUCUGGUUUCUAAAUUUUAUUUUUUAGUGCCUUCCCAAAAGAUAUAGCUCAAAAAGUGUGCAAGGUACUUGGUUUUAAAGCCAUUAUUUGACCUUUAACUUAUUGGUACUAGUCACAAUAUUUGAUAACAUCCAGCAUUUCUCUUUCUCUCUGUCUCACUCAAACAAAAAUCAAAAAGUUAUGGACAAAUGAAGAUUGUCUCCUCUAAACUGGAGUUCAUCCCAAGAUUUAAAAAAACAUGCUAUUUUUACACUUGCCUCAAAAAAAGUAAAACUAACACGGACUUUCAUUUAAUGAGGAGAUCAUUGAGCAUCAUAUCAUGCUCAAUGUUUAAUGGAGACAAUCUGAUAAAUGGGGCGUUUCAGGUUUAUGUCGUAAUGACCCAUUUAACAGACUUUGACUGUUUUGCACAGUGUAGGAGAGAAUUCUAUAAUGUAUAAAUUAGCACGCCUUAUUUGUUUUGUGGGAAUCUCUCAUUUGGGACAUUGACAUUGUGAUGUACCAGUUAAAUCAUCUGGCUUCAAUUCUGCUUUGCACAAUGAUGUACAAGGAUCUAAUUGUAUAUAAUAUAUUUAAAAUGGGGCUGUAACAGGAAAUUGGAUUUGUUUCUCCUAGUGGCAAGAAAUUAAGAAAUGAGGCAAUGUUGACCCAAAUUCUUUAUACAAAAUGUUUCUGCUGGAAGUUUUGAAACUGAUGCAGCCCUUAUUUAAAAAUAUAUAUAUUAUAUAUACUUGCACACAUACAUAUAAAUGGAGUGCUGGUUUCUUGAUAAUAGAAUAUGUACCAACUGGUUUAUAUCUAAUGAAAUAUAUUUAGUUACUUUUACACAAUUUUACAGAUACCAGAAGUGUUGGUAUAUAAACAAAGAGCAUCAGAGGGCUGAGAGAGUCCACUAUAAUCUUUACAGUUUUAAACUUCAUAUCUAUUUUAAAACUUAAUUAUUGUAAAGAUUACAGUGGACUUGUCAAUAUUGUUCUUGAAGCAUUAUUAUGAUAACAUCACUUAUGCUGAGCUGUUAAAACAUCAGCUUGACAGUGGGGUGCACAGAGCUACAAUUUUUUUUCUGUAGAUCAAAAAUUACUCUAAAAUAAAGUGCAUUUUUUCAUCUACAGUGAUGUUAUAGGGGAUGUUAGUUGGCACAGAGUCUAUUUAGUCCUUUGGAAAAGAUCAAAAUUAAAGCUGUUCGCUUCCAGAAUAUCAACCUGUGGCAAGUCCUCUAUAAAGAGGAGAGCUAAGGAUGAAUGAGGAGCUUCAGGUUCUAUAUUACAGAUUAAUGAAACUUGUUGAACUGCACCCAUAAGCAUUGCCUGUAUUUUUGUAAGUAAGCCAUGCUGAAUCAUGAAAAGAACAAUCUCUACAAAGUCUCACUUGCUUAAUGAGUAGACACUGGUCACCUCAUGGAGUUAAUAACAUGCUCAAAUAUUCAAGUAGAUAAAUGCACUAAAUAGUACAGGCACAGUUGCAGCAUAGUGGCCAAAGGGUUUGCAGUAGCUAAUUACAGGAAGUUCAACUUUAUGAAUGACUUCUGCCUUGUAUAAAUAUAUCAAGUGAAAGGAAAAGUAUUGAGCAGCCCAUGUUGUACUAAGUCAUUCCUGAUGAAAUUCCCCUCCUUUUGAAGGCAGUUGUAUGCUUUGAGAAUUUGGCUAUUAUUUCGCAGGGGAUUAUUGGUGAACAGGAGUGUGGUGCAGUUCCAGUACACAUUUAUAAAUAAUUAUUUAAAUUUGUAGAUUAAAGUUCAUUUACAGUUCCAAUCAUCAGAAGUAUAGUACAUAAAAUUAAUUUAGAGGUGUACAUGUAUCUGUGUAGGUGCAUGAAAAAACAAAUGUGAUAGGUCAGGGUCAGUUGCUUAAAAACAGAGUCCCCUCAAUACAAAAAUCUUUGGAUUGAUUUUCAUGACUGGUUACAUUUAUGGAACUGUUGGUAACAUCAUAGAAUUUGGCAGCUAAAGGAGGCAACCAUCCAGCCUAACAAUUUGCAUUUAUAUAUAACCCUGUGAACAGAAAAUCAUCCCAAAUCAAUUCAUAUAAGUGCAAGGUAAAAUUAGGUUUGUGUAGCCUCUAGAAGACCUGCCUACUUACUGCAAUUUCCUUUUAAGUUUUUCUUCAUUGCUGUUCAACACAUAUUGAACCUGUUUCCAUUAUAUAUUUGUUUUUGGUAGAUUCUAAACAAACAUCUACAAAAAAAAAUCCUAACCUUUCUAUUUUGCAAACUAAGCUUUUAGUUUCUGCCCCCUUACUGACUAGUGGAAAUUUUUCUUUAUUUUAUUGAGCAACCUCCAGAUUUCACCUUCCUCAUAGCUAAAGCUCAUCAUCUCUCAUAUCCUCUUCAGAAAAUAUCUUCUGCAUUCUCUUUAUGGUCUCAACAUCCUUUUCACUGUAGGUUGUACAGAAGAGACAAUAUUUCAACCAAGGAAAUUACUUGUGUGCUUUGGUGUUUUUCAAUGAUAUGAAAUAGUGAUGAGCAAACUUUUUUUCAGUUUCAUCUGAUCUUUUCUGGGCUAGUUUUAAGCCAUGUCCUUGAUGUUUCUGGCCAUCCCUUACUGCAGUAUCUUUCUGGAGAUAUAAUUUAAUAAUGCUGAACUCAACUUUAAGAAGCAUAUGAUGCUUUGGUAAAAUGUCCUAAAACUGAAACAUGUAAGUGUUUGUUAGACAUUGAUCACAGUAAUGAUUAUAUCUAGUGAUUUGCUGCCACUUACUUUUCCUAACUCUGCUUUGUAAUUAUGCAUUCUGUAUUCCCUCAGUUAGUGAAAAGUUCUUGUUUGCCAAUUUUUAAUUGUGUUGAGUGCUGCAAUAUUUGCUCAUAAUGUAGGUGAUCAGUAGUAUCCCAAAGGAACCAGAGGUAUUAACAGGAGAACUGAAGUACCUUCUUGUUUUUAUAGUUCAUAUAGCCAGAUAUUUAGUGAGAGUUUGAGGGCCUAUGUUACCAUGGAAAAUUAUCUUUCGGCAGAAACUAGAUUGUGUGAAAUUGCUUAUACUAGCUAUGACAUGGUUAAUUUAAUCCACUUCGAUUCUUAACUGUAUGUCUUUAACUCCUUCAGUCUCCACAUUCCAAAAAAUCAAGUCUGUUAUGCCUGCUCUUUGAAUAACAGGAUGUUCUAUCUCUUCUGAAUUAUAUUUGUAUAAUAUCCUGAGAACAUUUCCUCCUGCUCCAAGCUGCAUGUAAGGAUGGAAUUUUAUUUCUAUUCUGUCGAUACUUUUGUUUUACAUGCAACUUUUGCUUUUGGAAAAAGGUGCAGUCGCUUUUAGGAGUACUAUAUGCUGACAAACUAAAAGUUAAUGUUGGCUAAUAACUCUGUAGGUGCUAUCUGUUGUUAGAUAAUUGAUUCUUUAAUAGAUUUUUGCACCUGCAGUGACAGCCAAGAUGGUGAGCCCGUCACUUCUAACACUGUUGCAUGCUGCCUCAGCAAUUGUUUUGGACCCAAGUUGAAUGGAAAAUGUGCUACAUUCUCUCUAUGGCUGAGAUUUUAAGCUGCAGCCAUACAUCACCUACUUUGCAGCUCCUUUUAGAUUGUUGAUCUAUAUUCAAAUAACCUAUUAUUGGAAAUGUUACAGGUGUGUCAGCACGCCACCAUUAAGACACCACUCUUAACCAGUGCUGUCUACGGCUUGCCUGGUUUGUGUAUUUGGGUAGUACAGUGUGUGAUUUUUUGAAUAUGUGCUUAUGGCACUGGAACAUUUCCCACUGACACCCAUCUCUGCUCAAGGUGUACUCAACCAUCGCUUUCAAAGACUUGAUAUACACUAAGUGCAAAUGUAACAUUGGCAAGCUGCCUGUGAAACAGUAAUGCAUUUAGGUCCUGUGUCCUGUUAAAAAGUGCAUACCUUCCUGGGUUAAUUACUCCUAUUUUGAUUAACAUCUGACACUAGUCAAAGCUAUAGAUUCUAGCCUGUUGAACAACAGUUCUGAUAUGUUUAGUAACAUCUUAAAUUUUCUAGUUUAAAAUAAAAAGAUUGGUGCCUAAUUUGCUAUGUGGAAGCUCUUCAGUAAUUUUGUGAUGUUUUAGCCGUUAUCUGGUUAAUUUCUCACGGCAAUGCCUUAAACAGUCAGCCAACCUCCUAGUUUAAACUUUAAAUAUAACUUGGCACUUAAUUGCCAGUCAUCAUCUAACUGGUACAUUCUCCAUGGCAACACCUUUACCAAUCAGGAGUCCUCUUGCUAACCAGUCAGCACUUUCCUACAACAUAAAUGCUAUUUUCCCUUUAUGUUUAGUAUUUAUUUUACCCUGAUCAAUGCAAAAUGAAAAGCUUCGACAAACCUUUUUCCAGGAAUGCUCAAAUACUUGUGCCAUAUCAAACAUAGAUAUAUGUGAUGAAAUGCAAAGAGGACAAAACUGAUGGUUUCACAAUUUCUGGGGCCCAUGCAAUUUCAAUUUCUUUUUUAAAAAAUGUUGUAUAUUUCUUCACUUUCUCCUUUCAAUUUGGAGCACCUUUAAUAUAUUAUCUUUGCUAGUCAAUGCGUACAUGGUAUAUAGUUCUGUUUGUGAACUGGGUUGUCAUCAAUUUUUAAAAAAAACUUGAAGCUGAUUUAAGAAGUGGUAACUUAAGGAAUCGUAUCAAAAUUCAGCAACUAAAGCAAUCUCUGGCUCAUGACAUUGGUACCUGUGACCACGCCUACAGGAGGCUAAGUUUGAACAAUCUGAAACUUGUCAUGUUAAUAGGUUUGACAGAACAAGAUUAUUUUCUUUUUUUGCGCUGCUAAAAGGGCCAAUGUCUUACGUUUUUUAGUCGUCAUUUAAUAAAUCUUGCUGCUAUGAUUAUUUUAUAUACAGGAUUGUACAACAAAGUAUCUGUUGGUUCAAGAGACAGUGAAAUGUCUAUCUUGGUGUCUCAAGGAUAUAGUUUAUUAAAAUUGCCAUACUUAAAUUAUCAAAUCUGUUUGAAAACCUGUUGUGUUUUCAAAGUGAUAUUGAAUGCUGCAGUAGUUUUCAGAAGGAGAGGAAGAUCAGUAGUGUUUGUACAGUAAGACUUUGAGAUAGAUCUGUAAUUGUCUUGGGUAUUAUCAAUAUGGUAAAUGUGGGAGUUAAAUCAACAUUUAUUAAUUAUUGGUGGCAUAUGGUCUAUAUUGAACAUUUCUGAUGUGCUGUUCUUUGCAUGUGUUUCAAGGUCUGGGGUCAAUUAUAACUAGUCCAUUUGGUUACGAAUCAUUGUUUUAUGUUUUUUUAAAGUCAACAUUUUUGCUGCUUAUGUUAAAAGUCAUAAGUCAAAUGGAAUUGUAAGAAUAUUAAUUAAUUCAAAUACCUAUGUAAAUUUGACUUAAUUCAGUAGACUUUGCUAUAUGCAGAUGUUCCACUUACAAUAUCUCAGGUAACUAAACAGUUUUUACAGUAUCCUUUUUGCAACUUUUGAAAGAUCACAAUUCUGUAAUGCCCUAAGGCUAAACAUUUUUGAAAGGCCUUUCUCGGGGAUAGGCAUUGGUGCAAAUGUUUUGGUCAGGUAAACCAUUGGUCUUAUUCAUUGUGGGCAUCUGUUGGUAUCAUUUUGAUGGGGUACUUUACUUUUCUUCAUUUGGUGCCACCAGAUUUAUUAUGUACCGUACACUUGGGUAUUAACAUUUUGUAAACUAUCAAAAAUAUCCUGAAUGUAUUACAGCGAGUGUUGCAAAUGGUUUCUUUUGAGAUCGUAGAAUGAAUUCCUGCAACAGUAUUGUUUGUAAAAGCGUCAUUGUGUAAAGUUAGGGAAGGUCACAGUGCUUUGGCGAUGAAAACAGUUUGAGAUAACUGGUCCAAAAAUGAUACCUCCUUGACCAAAGUUUUUAGCAAAUGGUUGGAUUGUUCUUAAUACAGGAAUUGUAUUUAAAAGUAAUAUUCUCCAACCAUUUCACUGACUCUUAGAUAAACCAAAAGCUUUGAUUUCAAUUGCUCUGAAAUUGCAAUUGUUCUGUAACUAACUUGUGUUUCCGAACAUUCAGAAAACAAAUGUUAGUGAUUUGAACUUUGGUUUUUGAAAAUACUUAAGUCCACUAUAAUACUUCCAUAGAUGUGUACCUAAUGUGCCGUUUACUAGUUAUGCAUGAUGUAGGUAAAACAUCUGGUUCACAAAUUUGUGGAGCUGAACCCCUGACUAACGUUGCUGGUAUAAUGGUUAAGGUACUGGUGGCAAUAGGGUUAUUUUAGUAGCCUGCUACUGCCCUGUUACCCUCGGUGGAGAAAGAUGAUUAGUGCUUAUAUUCUACUUGUUCUCACUUGCCCCUGCUGAAGUGCUGCAUGCGUUGGGUUAGGUGAGAAUAGAAUUGGGCUCAGCUGUGGUGACCUCCCCUUCAUUAAAUGCACUGCUAACACUUGUUGCCAAGAUGUGUACAUAAAAGGAUAGCUAUUUGGAUAAGGCACGAGAGGGUGGUUGAUACUUAUGGAAACCUGGUCCUUUGAGAGUCAAUGGCAUAAAAUUGAGGGUGGAAUUAGAUUAAGUAGUAAAGAAUAUUCCCUCAUUUUUGGAUGACAAAAGUGGUAAUAGUGAGCCAGCUGUAAAAUUUGAAUUGCUUUAAUUUAGUAUUAACUGUGUAACUGCAAUGAAAUUUGAAUACUCAUCCAGUCUUUUAUUUUACCAAAAGACGACACUGCAUCUUCAAUGUUUAAGUAGUAUCUACUAUAUUUUAAGAUUAUUUCAGUGUACAAACAUCGUUGCAUGUCAUAAUGUUGCGUCAUUUUUAUCAGUGCAUUACCUGACUAGCAUUAAGUCGUCUGUUUUGGUAUACAUAACAGGAUAUUUUGAAUUUUUUUUAUUAAAUAAUUCUUUAUCAAAAUAGCAUGCAAGAAUGAAUUGCUUUUUUUUCCACUGCUUGUCAAAACUUGAAUGCACAACAAGAAAAAGUAUGUUGAAAUUGCUUUACAAGUUGUGACAAAAAGAAAUUGUACAAUAAUUAACAGGAGGACAAUAAUCGUUAUAGCUUCGAGUUAUGACAAAUGAGUGCUUGAAAGUAGUUAUGCCUGGAAUUCAUCUGUGUCUAUUGUAUAUACUUGAAUAUAAAGUUAGAAAUUCAGUUCUCUCUUUAUGAUGUGACCAAUAGGGAUGGUCAUCUUAUCUGUGGAUUGUAUCUGAUUUUAGCGUUUGCUUGUGGUUGGUUUCCCUCUGAAUGUCUCUGUCUCUGAAGACUAAAUGCAGCACCAUAUCAAUGCCUCCCUAAUCAUAGUCAUUGUCUACCUGUUGCUUGGCUGGUUUUUCCAGCAUUAGGAUGUUUUACUAAUGACUUAACUGCUUAGAUCCAAGAUGGUAACGAAAGAUGUUAUAGAUGAAGCAGAAGACAAAUUUACAAUUUACAAAGACAAAGGGUGAGCCUUUCCACUGAAAUUUCAGAGCUACAGUAAUGAAGCAACAACUAACAUGAAUGUACAACUUAUGAGAGGGGACAAACAUAUUUGUGGAUACCAGACAAAGUAUGAUAUUAGGUGCAGAGAAGUUUUGUGACAUGAAAAAAAUUGGAUUUUUAUAGGGUAAUGCUUUUGUUUUAUGUUGAUUUAUACUCAAGUAUAUUGACCAUUUUAAUGUAAAUUCCUUAAAUGUUGUAAUCACUGCAGUAACUUCUUCUCCUUUGUAAUCUUAAACCCUUAUUACAAUCAGAUGUAAAUCUAAGAAAGCUACAGCAAAAAACAUGAUGAAUUUAAGUAAGUUGCAAUUAAAGUCUGACAAUGGCUGUCCAACCAGUUCAGGGGAUAGGAGGAUGUAUACAUCAGUCCUAUCUAUCUGGAAGAGCUUAGAUGAGUGUGUUUAAUCCACCAGUGUGGAAGAACGGCAGACCACAGAUAUGACCCUAUCAACCUGCUACCAGAGCACCUCCUUUAGCAGAUGAUAGAGUAACUUCUGCAACAAUUAUAAAGCAACUUAACCGAAUCACCAUGUCGUCUUGACUAAAGGAGGAUUUCUGUAUGUAGCAGGACUAGGGCAAGCUAGACCAGAAACAGAUGAAUAUUGGAAUUUUUUUUUUCUUUUAAAAUAGUUUAAUUAUUACUUAAGAUUAUCUAUGGGAAAAUAUACUCUAACGUUAUGCAGGACUGAAGCAUUAAUAUUACAUUGACAGCACCACCCAACUGCAUGAUCAGAGUCUUGGCAUUCAGCAGAAAAGAGGUGGUCCGUUGCAUGAAGUGAAAUCAGACGAGAGUUGGUCGUAAUGCCUCCUGACACGAGGGCAUUUUUAAUCAUACAUUCCAUUCAGUUGUGAAGUAGGUGGACCAUGCAGCGACAGUAGUCGAUGAGGCAGGAAGUCAACCGGUGCCUCAGCUAACCAACACUUUGGCUGUGGGGUUUCCAGUGCAAGGAGCCCAUUAUUAGGCCCAAGUGAAAGUUGCCCACCCUCAGGUUUUAAUUUGUUUGGCUGCUUAUUGGGCAAGGAGUGGAGGAGGGAGCAGUUAAAAAUCACUCCUCCAGAGUCACUCUGGGCUUUUAACAUGAAAAUGUAGACACUUGACAGGCUGACUGUCACGUAUAGAAUUAUAUUAAAAUCUCCUUCAGUCAAGUUGUUCUCUGCUCUGAAAAGGGGCUCUUAGAUAUAUCGUAUUUAAACUUAGAGGUUUAGCACAGCUCUAUGCAUAAGUAUUAAGCAAUGGAAAGAAUAAAUAUUUGGGACACCAUUAAAAGUUGCUGAAUCUAAUUUCCAUUAGCCAUCCACUAUGAGAAACACAUUGUGCACUGGGGUUUGGCGGAUCAUAACGUUAUUGUCUCAAACUUUGUGUGUGUAUGUUUUUAGACUUCCUUCAUUGUUGUGAAAGAUUUUUUUUAUGUCUUCACCUGUUGACUCCAAGUACAACAACAUUUAUUUUUGAGUGCUUCGUCUUGUGGCAUUUUAUAUUUCUCAUUCAUUGUGUUGUUCAGUACAUUUUCCCAGUGAAUUGGGGCUCCACGAUUGUUCAUUAUUCAAAUGUUUGUUACCGCGCUAUCUGAAGUAGUAGCCUUAUCCAACUUGAGUAUUGAGCAGUGUGAGAACUUUAUUCUUAAAUAGUUCGAUGAAGGUCAUUGAAGUGCCAAAUGGUUUGAAAUGCUUCCUCCUGUUGCUGCUAAUUCAGCAAUGGAAACUUUUCAGGAGGUAAAGCAGAUUUGAGAAGGGUUAUCAAAUUUAACAGACUAAAGAGAACACAUUGGGCUUGAACUCUCCAGUUACUAUUUCUUUCACUUGUGUUCAUAACAAUGGCGCAUAAUGAAGAUAUUUUUAAUGUUUCAUUCAGUUUUAUGUUUGAUUUAAUUUUUUUGACAUUGUCUGUCAUAAUUAUAAUGCUUCAGUCCAUUAUUCAUAUUUUGUCAGUUAUACUUAAUGAAAAAAUGUAUUUUUUGUUCAUUAUUGAAUGCUUUAGGUUUGUCAUGAAUACCACAUCUUUAAUUAAGAUUUGUCUUUGUACUCUUCACAGCAUUAUCUUAGCAAUAGAAUUUUUUUUAAAAAACAGCCAAAAAUCUGGUUGCUGAUUGGGUAUGCAUAUCAAAAUGAAAUCUGUAGAAAGAAAAAUUAUCUUUGACUUAGAGGCCUGUUGCUAUUUUGGUGUUACAGUGCCCCAAUUUGGUUACAUCAGCCCUUGAAUAGUUUGCCUUGGCUGCAUCACAGAUAAAGGGUGUUAAGCCUUCAGUUUCACAAUUCUUUCUCUUCUGUAGUCAUCCUAGGUUUUGUGGCUGAUAUGGAUGUGUGUAUAAAAUUUUGUAUUUAUGCACAACUGAGUAUGUUAAGUUUUUUUUUCUAAGAGUAAAUCUAGCUAACAAUCCCACCUUAACACCUAAGUAAAAGUACAGAGUGAUUUUGCCAAAAUGCAUUGCACUUCUGUGAAAUUACUGUCUGCUACUUUUAAAGAAGAAAUCACUUUAUUUUAAAUGUAACGUUCAUACAAUAUCCUCUAUUCUGUUAAUUUCAAUUAGAAUUUUCUACUGUUACCAAAGGUAAUGAGUAUAUUUUAGAGUUUAUUUGGCUUUCAUCUAACAUUGAUAAACCUAAAGAUGUAAUCAAAGCUCAAGCAAAAGAGUUGAAUGUGUAGUCACGUCCCUAGUUGACUGCACGAUUCCAAUGUAUGAUCAUUGUGAGACAUAGGCAGAGGUGCUGAACAAUAAAUGCAGUUUUUCCAAA